GCCAACAUCAACGACCUGUAGCUAUGCCGAAACACUACUGUGACUACUGUGACGUUUUUCUCACUCACGACUCUGCUUCAGUGCGCAAAGCUCAUAACAGCGGAAGAAACCACCUAGCAAACGUCCGGGAUUAUUAUGCAUCGCUCGGCCAUGACAAAGCACAAAGUAUCAUCGAUCAGAUCACUGCGGCGUACGAAAGCGGCGGCGGCCCCCCUCCAGGAGGGUUCGGAUUUGGACCUCACCACCUAGGUGCACCCCCUCCACAGUUUCCAGGCCCUCCCAUGGGCUUCGGUGGUCCUCCCGGAGCAUUUCCACCUCGUCCGCCUUUCCCUCCCGGACCGUUCCCACCUCCAGGCAUGAUGGGACCACCUUUCCCUCCUAGUGAUGGCAUGCCACCUCCCUCAGCAAUGGGUCCUCCUGGCGGUUUCCCAGGUGGUCCUCCUCCAUUCCCUCCUAAUGGCCCUAAUGGUGGCGGACCACCUCUGGGUGGCGGCAUGCCGCCCUUCCCCCCACAUGGCAACUUCGGGCCUCCAGGUGGUGGUCCACCCUCAUCAGACCAAAAUGAUGGUCCUAUUGCGGGACCAGGCGGUAUCCAUCCUGACAGACUGAGAAUGAUGGCUAGCAGGUAAUAAUUUUCGGGCGUCAAUCCUGUGGUGGGUUGUAUAUUUCCUAGUAUAUUUCUAGAAGGUAAACUAUAGUUUUCCUUCCUUUUUUUGUCUUCUAAAAUGGCUUCAGUUCUUUGUUGUGUCAAUCUACUAGUUUUAUACCUGAUCAUCGCACUGAAGCUUAAGUUCUCGGACUUGAAUUUGAUAUCGAAUGCCUUCUUGUGAACAUGCCCG